CAUGUCAUGUUAUUUAAAGGUUUGCUCUAUAACGGAACUAACUGGUGCGGCUAGCUGUUGCAGUACACUUUAUGUGGAAGGUACUAAGCUAACAUUAGCAUCAGCUGAAAAUAAGAUCGCGUUUAAUGGCCGAGCUCUAAGGGCGAAGGACCACAAAUUAACGCCAAGAGGUUUAGAGAUGUCGGAACCUAAAUCACCUACCCCUACCCCUGGCGACACGUACAAGGGUUGGCUCUUCAAAUGGACCAACUACAUAAAAGGUUACCAGCGGCGGUGGUUUGUUUUGAGUAAUGGCCUUCUGUCUUAUUACAGAACCCAGGCAGAGAUGGGACACACAUGUAGAGGGACCAUCAACUUGGCCACGGCCAACAUUGCUGUGGAGGACUCUUGUAACUUUGUAAUUUCAAAUGGCGGGGCCCAGACCUACCACCUGAAGGCCAGCUCGGAGGUGGAGCGGCAGCGCUGGAUCACCGCGCUGGAGCUGGCCAAGGCCAAAGCAGUCCACAUGCAGGCCGAGUCCGGUGAGAUUGAGGGGAAACCAUUGAAUAGUCCCUUGUACAUAAGGCUCUUGAAUGAUUAUGCUCAUACUUUUUUUUCCACAGACGAUUCUGGCGACGAAGGUCCCACAUCGCCGCCUACCUCCGCACCAAGCGGAAGCAGUCGAAAUAUGGAGGUCCAGUCGACUCUUCGCACACUGGGCUGUAAGGUGGAGGAUCUUUGCACCUGCAAUGACCUCAUCACCAAGCAUGGCACUGCUCUGCAAAGGUCCUUGUCAGAGUUGGAAGGGCUCAGCAUACAGGGGCCCAUGGGCGACAAAAUCAAACAGGUGACGGAGAGAGCCACGCUGUUCCGCAUCACCUCCAACGCCAUGAUCAACGCGUGUAGAGACUUCCUCGGCCUGGCCCAGACCCACAGCAAGCGCUGGCAGAAAGCCCUGCAGGCGGAGCGGGACCAGAGAGUACGUCUGGAGGAAACCCUGGAGCAGCUGGCUAAGCAGCACAACCACCUAGAGAGGGCCUUCAGAGGGGCCACAGUGCUGCCCUCUUCGCUCAGCAACUCAGCCAUGGACAACAAGGGGUCUAGCGACUCAGGAAAGGGGGACGCCAGUGAUGAGGAUGACGAGAACGAGUUCUUUGAUGCCAUGGAAGACCCUUCAGCCUUUAUCACUGUCCCCGCCGACCCUAAAUACCAUAGGAGGUCUGGCAGCAACGCUAGUGGGAUAAGUUGCAGUGACCUUGGAAUGGACGAUCAGUCGUUUGAUGAACAGUCUCUGACAUCCAAUCCCGAGUCUCCCCAAUCUCUGGAGUUGGAGCCAGUCAGGCAGAGGCGGACCCGUGUUCCAGACAAGCCCAAUUACUCCCUCAACCUAUGGAGCAUCAUGAAGAACUGCAUUGGCAAAGAGCUGUCAAAGAUACCCAUGCCCGUCAACUUCAACGAGCCUCUGUCCAUGCUUCAACGCCUCUCGGAGGACCUGGAGUACUACGAGCUCCUCGACAAGGCGGCCAAAUGCCAGAGCUCCCUGGAGCAGCUGUGCUACGUGGCGGCCUUCACCGUCUCCUCGUACUCCACCACGGUGCACCGCACGGGGAAGCCCUUCAACCCCCUGCUGGGGGAGACGUACGAGCUGGACCGGCUCAAGGAGUGCGGCUACCGUUCCCUGUGUGAACAGGUGAGCCACCACCCCCCUGCCGCGGCCCACCAUGCUGUCUCAGAUCGGGGCUGGACCCUCAGACAGGAGAUCUCCCUGGCCAGCAAGUUCAGAGGGAAAUACCUCUCCAUCAUGCCUUUGGGGUCCAUCCAGUGCUUAUUUGAGAAGAGUAACAACCAUUACUCUUGGAAGAAGGUUACCACUACAGUGCAUAACAUCAUCGUGGGGAAACUGUGGAUUGACCAGUCCGGAGAGAUAGACGUGGUGAACCACCAGACAGGAGAUCGCUGCCACCUCAAGUUCGCCCCCUACAGCUACUUCUCCAGAGAUGUGGCCAGAAAGGUCACGGGUGUGGUGACAGACAAGGACGGUAAGGCCCACUUCGUUCUGUCCGGGACGUGGGACGAGAAGAUGGAGUUCUCCAGAGUGAUGCAGAGCAGCAAAGGAGAGAACGGCACGGAGGGCAAACAGAGGACCGUGUACCAGACGCUGAAGUCCAAAGAGAUCUGGAAGAAGAACCCUCUGCCGGAGGGAGCGGACACCAUGUACUACUUCUCCUGCCUGGCGCUGACCCUGAACGAGCUGGAGGAGGGCGUGGCGCCCACCGACAGCCGGCAGCGGCCCGACCAGCGGCUGAUGGAGGCGGGCCGCUGGGACGAGGCCAACGCCGAGAAGCAGCGGCUGGAGGAGAAGCAGCGCACGGUCCGCCGCGAGAGGGCGGCCGCCGUGGUCGCCGGCCCCCCCGAGGAGGGGGAGGGUGAGGGGGAGGCUGAGGCUGAGGCUGUCAGUGAGGAUGGCGAAACUAACCCAGCUUUGAAAUCCGAGACAGAUGAAACUGGCACGGAAGCAAGUGAGAAUUCAAACGAAACAAACCCAGAGGAUUCUCCGCCUAACACGCCUCUUGCAUGCAAGUACCAUCUCAUGAUUCCCCACUUUUGUCUUAAAUGUUCCUUCUGUCAAUGUCUCGUUUUUUUCUAUAUCAAAUCACUCACGGUCCUUUUUGUGUCCAUUUGUCCCAAACAUGCCUUCCAAACUAUUCUUUCUGACAGCUUAUCAAGGACCACACCCAUCCUAUCUAUCCGAAGGCUUGGAAGAUCCCUAUGGUGCGCCCAUCAAAUGUGCCCAGCACAUCGAUAACUAUGAAGCACUUUGGUUCAAGAAGAUAGACGACCCCGUCUCGGGAGAGAGCUUGCACGUCUACAAAGGAGGCUACUGGGACGCCAAGGAAGAAGGAUCCUGGGACAUGUGUCCUGACAUCUUCUGAUGGAGGAAGCUAACCACCCCUCCACUCCCUGCUGCGGAGCGGAUGCAGAUACAGUACACACACUAGAGGAGAGAGACAAAGAGGAUUAACCAGAUGAUAUGUACAGGGUCCUUCUGAGAAAAGCACAAUUACUUCCUUUUUCAUUUUCUAAAGCCCUGGUUUAUGAGAAUGAGGAAGUGAGAGGGUAGAAUAGAUUCUAAUGACCACACAGGAAAAGUUCUAGGUUGAAAAGUUGAAUACUGCCGUGUGAAAAUAAACAAUGGCCUCAAUACCUUUUUUUUUUAAUGAUAAAUGUACACACUUGUACUAGAUCAACAACCCAUCUGUAAUUGUUGUUUACAGUUUUUCAAAAUAUAAAGAAACUACCCUCUGAGUUUAACAUAGCAAUGGGGGAAAUCACCACCUACAUGAGAUUACUACCACUUAGAUAUUAGACUUAGAGUAGGGACAUCCUCUUCCUCUGCAAAACAAGACUCACUGUGGCAGUUAAGGCCCCGAAGUACAUCAAACAAAAUCUAAAUCUGCGUGUUCACAUAGGCUGUCGAUCACACAGAUUUCAGCAAGGUGCAAUAUAUUCAGUGGGUUUGACUAAUGCGCAUAUCACGGUAAGACGCAAUCAUUCAAGUGUCAUUGUCGACCAGUUGCAGGCAGUGGUGUGUGUCAGGGGCUUGUGGGGAAAAUGUUGACUAUUUGAGUACCCUGCACACACCGAUUACGAAUUUGUUUGAAGUAUAUCAAAGCCUUAACACUUUUUUGCACAACUAUGUUUUUGACCUGCAUCUCUCUUGACUGUACACAAAUUACAAUCGUCUGUUUGUAGUUUAACCUAUAGCAUUAUCCUAUAAGUCUCUGAGGGAAAAUGUAUAUGUUCAUGUAGAAGUGUGUGUGUGUGUUUUCAGGAGGGUAAAUAUUAGAUUUAAAAUAUAUUUGUUUUAAAUCUUCUAUUCUUAUUUUUCUUUCAGUUUACAUUUCACAUGUCCUUCCUUAAACCUAAUAUUAUUUAUUUAUAGAAGAAAAUUCAGAUUAUUAUAUUCUAUCCUAGUGAUGUAUACAUUUGAUUGGAAAUACUUUGUGUGGAGUGAUAGUUUUAACUGUGUGCUCCUUGUUUUCAAUCAAGUUUGAUCGAUGAUUGGAGAGCUGUUUUAUAUUAAAAGUGUACUUAAACACAAAUUUUGGAAAAAGAAGUUAUAGAAUGUUGGUGUGUGUGUGUGUGUGUGUGUGUGUGUGUGUGUGUGUGUGUGUGUGUGUGUGUGUGUGUGUGUGUGUGUGUGUGUGUGUGUGUGUGUGUGUGUGUGUGCACGCGCGCGUGAAUUAACUACUAGCUGGGCUAGCUCUUUAUAAUGAAAGAUUGUCUUCAUUAGUAUAGUUGUGUGUCCCUUUCUGUAAAGCAUAACGUGUGUUGAACACAAUCGAACAAUUAGUUGUAUUCAAUGUCCUACUCAUGUUUUUCCUUUUAAUUUUCUAUAUAAAUGAUCUUGUGUAGCAGUUAUUAGUCUUGCUGGGAAUUUGUGUCUUUGGUUUUUUUUACUUUUCCUUUACAGUCUUGCUCCUCUAUCAAUUUGUCUAUUCUGUAUGCAACAUCUGUUUUUGCCUCCCUACAUUUCUUAGUCCUAUUUUAUGUCCAAACACAAAAAUAUGAAGUAUCUUUACAAUCAUUUAUCAUUGUACAAUCAUUUGUAAUUGGUAUUUUAUUACAGCAAAUCACAUACAUUGUUUAUGUUUAAUUGAUUGUAUUGCACAAUCGUUGUAGAAUACUAAACAACAUAAGGAACACAUUGUGUGGGCUAAAUUGGCCAUAUACAACAACUGAAUAUUUUAUAUUUAGAUCUUGUAAAAUGGUUGUUUAUUUCCUAACCUACCGUUUGUAGGAACAAUGUUGCCAUGUCUAUAGUAAAGGAUGCAUAUAGUAACAACAAGUGUUUUGUGAAGUGUUUUAUAUAGCUUUGCCUAUUUAAAUUAUUUCCUUGAGAUUGGGUCGCACACUAGAGCUAGAUUCACUUGAAAUGUGUUUAUUAAAAUGCAGUGCAUUAUC